CAAACAACUAAUUAGCCACAUUCAAUUGUUGAGAGUGCUAAUUUUAAUUUCUUAAGUUUGGAAAAAUGGCUAAGUUUGGUGCAACCUCAAUUGCCCUUGUUCUCACAUUGAACAUUCUUUUUUUCACUAUGGUUAGUUCCACUAAUGACCCAUGCCCACCACCCCCACACCCCAAACCCCACUACCCUACCCCUACCCCCUCCACCCCAUCAUCAAAGGGUAAGUGCCCAAAGGACACACUAAAACUAAAUGCUUGUGCCAAUUUAUUGGGUGAUUUGUUGCACCUUGUUGUUGGAAGUAGUCCAGCCAAGACUCAAUGUUGCUCUUUAAUUGAAGGACUUGUUGACCUUGAUGCUGCUGUUUGCCUUUGCACUGCCCUUAAAGCCAAUGUGUUGGGAAUUAAUCUAAAUGUUCCACUUUCACUCAACUUGUUGCUCAACAAUUGUGGCAAAUAUGCCCCAAAGAACUUCCAAUGUGCUUAAGACAAAAUUAGUUUCUUUCUAUGUGUUUGGUAUUUUGUUAUUUGUAUGCUUGUAGUACUACUAGUUGCUUAUUUUAAAGGAAGUGUAUUUUUUACUCUAUUUGGUUGGAAGGGAGGCUAGUAAUUGCCCCUUUUUUAGUUAUUGUUGUAUCCAAUUUUCAUGAAAUAAAUGGUUUCUUUUGAAGUUUGUAUGUAACACGUUUGAUAUUAUAAGGACAUGGAGUAUUCUAUUGAUGA